UCAGAAAGCUUGUUCCCUCCCGGGAGGAGCCCGAGCCGAGCGUCUGGUCUCCUUAGGGAAUGGCGCUCGGCCAGACCGCUGCCCCGGUGUCACGGGAGGGACCGGGGGAUCGGAGAUUCCUGUAGAAGUGGCCUUCAUCUUGUCAUUGUUGAAUUUGGGGCCUUUUGGAUCAGGACAUACUUCAGUGCCAAGCAAUGAUACUACAUUGAAAAAAAAAAGGUAUUGCUGAAUGUUGGAAGGCCUAUUGCUUCAUCUUUGUUUUAACCAGGUUCUUUGCUGUGUCCUAAUAGGUGUGACUGCCAGAUCGCAAAGAAGUUGGAGCAUGGCUAUGAGCAGUGGAAACAAUGAUUUCAUGGUUCUGAGCAAUGGCGACAUUAUGCCCAACUCCAGUACCCUUACAUCUUGUGAUGGAGACAUUGCAAUCCAACAGCACCCAUCCAAAGAAGCACCUAGAACAAAAGUGAGUCCAAAUGGAUGCCUCCAAGUUAAUGGCACAAUUAAACCUUCUUUUCUGCCUUUAGACAACCAAAGAACCUGCCAGGUGUUAUCACAAUGCUGCCAUCCUUGCCCAUACCAUCACUCUUUGAAUAACCAUAGCAGUCACCAAGAGUGCCAUUCCCAAACUGGUCCCACAGCACCAUCUCCUGUGGCCUCGUGUUGCAUGCAGCCACACUCAGAGUAUUCUACAUCUCUGUGUCAAAACCAUUCACCUGUAUAUCAGACUGCUUGCUGUCUUCAGCCCUCUCCAUCAUUCUGCCUGCAUCAUCAGUGGCCUGACCAUUUUCAACAUCAGCCAGUGCAGCAGCAUGUAACCAACCUAAGACCAUCCAGACCUCUCAAGUUACCAAAAAGUUACGCUGCCUUGAUAGCUGACUGGCCUGUGGUGGUCCUGGGCCUGUGCACUGUGCUCAUUGUGGUCUGUGCUCUGGUUGGAAUAUUGGUGCCUGAUCUUCCUGACUUCUCUGACCCCUUGUUGGGUUUUGAACCAAGAGGGACUGCCAUAGGCCAGAGACUGGUCACAUGGAAUAACAUGGUGAAAAAUACAGGAUACAAAGCAACACUAGCAAAUUAUCCUUUUAAAUAUGCAGAGGAGCAAGUCAAAAGCCAUCGUGAUGACAGAUGGUCCGACAAUCAUUAUGAAAGAGAAAAGAGACAAGCUGAAUGGAAUUUCCACAAAGACAGCUUUUUCUGUGAUAUUCCAAGUGACCGAUAUUCCAGAGUAGUGUUUACUUCCACCGGAGGAGAGACUUUAUGGAACUUACAUGCGAUUAAAUCAAUGUGCAGUGUGGAUAAUUUGAGGAUCAGAUCCCAUUCCCAGUUUGGUGAUCUCUGCCAGAGAGCCACAGCUGCUUCCUGUUGCCCCAGCUGGACCCUGGGAAACUACAUUGCCAUACUUAACAAUAGGUCAUCCUGUCAAAAGAUUGUCGAGAGAGAUGUUUCACAUACCUUGAAGCUGCUUCAAGCUUGUGCCAAACACUACUACAAUGGCACCCUGAGGCCGGACUGCUGGGACAUAGUGUCCCGGAGGAAGGAUCAACUCAAAUGUACCAGCGUGCCUCGUAAAUGCACCAAGUACAACGCCGUUUACCAGAUCCUCCACUACCUGGUAGACAAAGACUUUCUGAGCCCAAAGACAAUUGACUACGUGGUGCCCGCCUUAAAGUACAGCAUGCUCUUCUCGCCUACUGAAAAAGGGGAAAGCAUGAUGAACAUUUACCUGGACAACUUUGAGAACUGGAACUCUUCUGACGGUGUGACCACUAUCACAGGAAUAGAGUUUGGUAUCAAACACAGUUUGUUUCAGGAUUAUCUUUUAAUGGAUACCGUGUAUCCUGCCAUCGCCAUCGUAAUUGUGCUCUUAGUCAUGUGCGUUUACACCAAGUCCAUAUUUAUCACUCUGAUGACCAUGUUCGCCAUAAUUAGCUCUUUGAUUGUGUCCUAUUUUCUCUAUAGAGUAGUAUUUAACUUUGAGUUUUUCCCCUUCAUGAAUCUCACUGCACUCAUCAUAUUGGUUGGGAUUGGAGCAGACGAUGCUUUUGUACUGUGUGAUGUUUGGAAUUACACCAAAUUUGACAAACCCCAUGCCGAAACCUCUGAGACGGUGAGCAUCACGCUGCAGCAUGCCGCGCUCUCCAUGUUUGUCACCAGCUUCACCACGGCAGCCGCUUUUUACGCUAAUUACGUCAGCAACAUCACCGCUAUCCGGUGCUUUGGAGUUUAUGCCGGGACCGCCAUUCUGGUGAAUUACGUCCUCAUGGUCACUUGGUUGCCGGCUGUGGUUGUGCUUCAUGAGCGGUAUCUCCUCAAUAUAUUCACUUGCUUCAAGAAGCCUCAGCAGCAGAUGUACAGCGACAAAAACUGCUGGAUGGCAGCCAUUUGCCAAAAGUGCCACAAAGUGAUUUUUGCCAUUUCCGAAGCCUCUCGGAUUUUCUUUGAAAAAGUGCUACCGUGUAUCGUCAUCAAGUUCCGGUACGUUUGGCUCUUCUGGUUCCUUGCCUUAACUGUAGGCGGGGCGUAUAUCGUGUGCAUUAAUCCAAAGAUGAAACUGCCCUCUCUCGAGCUGUCGGAAUUCCAGGUGUUCAGAUCUUCACACCCCUUCGAACGCUAUGAUGCGGAAUACAAAAAGCUCUUCAUGUUUGAACGUGUCCACCAUGGAGAAGAGCUGCACAUGCCCAUCACAGUCAUCUGGGGUGUGUCCCCUGAAGACAAUGGAAAUCCACUCAACCCCAAAAGUAAAGGGAAGUUGAAGCUGGAUACCACUUUCAACAUCACUAGCCCAGCUUCCCAGGUCUGGAUUUUGCACUUCUGCCAGAAGCUGAGGAAUCAGACUUUCUUUUACCAGACUGAUGAGCAAGACUUCACCAGCUGCUUCAUCGAGACAUUCAAGCAGUGGAUGGAGAACCAGGAUUGCGACGAGCCUGCCCUUUACCCAUGCUGCAGCCACUGGAGCUUUCCUUACAAGCAGGACAUUUUUGAAUUGUGUAUCAAGAGAGCAAUCAUGGAGCUAGAAAGAAGCACUGGGUAUCAUCUGGACAGCAAGACCCCAGGGCCGAGGUUUGACAUCAACGACACCAUCAGGGCUGUAGUGCUGGAGUUCCAGAGUACCUACCUCUUCACGCUAGCCUAUGAAAAGAUGCAUCAGUUCUAUAAAGAAGUAGACUCGUGGAUUUCCAAUGAACUUAGUUCUGCUCCUGAAGGUCUUAGUAAUGGUUGGUUUGUCAGCAACUUGGAAUUCUAUGACCUUCAAGAUAGUCUCUCAGAUGGCACGCUCAUUGCCAUGGGUCUUUCAGUAGCCGUUGCAUUUAGCGUAAUGCUCCUUACAACUUGGAAUAUAAUAAUAAGCCUUUAUGCAAUUGUUUCAAUAGCCGGAACGAUAUUUGUCACUGUUGGCUCCCUGGUUCUCCUGGGCUGGGAGCUGAAUGUCCUAGAAUCUGUCACAAUUUCAGUGGCUGUCGGUCUGUCCGUAGAUUUUGCUGUCCAUUAUGGAGUUGCUUACCGGUUGGCACCAGACCCCGAUCGAGAAGGAAAGGUGAUAUUCUCAUUGAGUCGCAUGGGCUCUGCAAUCGCCAUGGCCGCCCUGACCACCUUUGUAGCUGGCGCCAUGAUGAUGCCCUCCACAGUUUUAGCGUAUACUCAGCUUGGCACUUUUAUGAUGCUUAUCAUGUGUAUCAGUUGGGCUUUCGCAACUUUCUUUUUCCAAUGCAUGUGCCGAUGUCUUGGGCCCCAAGGCACCUUCGGCCAAAUUCCUUUACCUAAAAAGUUUCAGUGCAGUGCCUUCUCUCACGCUUUGUCUCCAAGUCCAGGCAACAAGGGACAGAAUAAAGCUCAUGCCAUGAAUACAUAUCAUUUGGAUCCCAGAAGUCAAAAGUCUGAACUAGACCAUGAAUUUUACGAGUUAGAACCUCUGGCAUCCCAUAACUGUAACACCUCAGAGAAGACAGCUUAUGAAGAAACCCACAUUUGCUCUGAAUUUUUCAAUGGCCAAGCAAAGAACCUGGGUGUGCCUGUACAUGCAGCCUACAACAGUGAACUCCACAAAAGCAGUAAAAAUGGCACCAGUUCUGCUUUGUUGCAGCCCUCUGUGGAACACCACACCAUGUGCCAGCUCUUCUCUCUGAACAGGAGGUGUAGCUGCCCACAUGCCUAUAAGCAUUUGAGAUACAGUCCUCACUCAUGCCAGCAGUUGGGUGACUGUUUGUGCUUCCACUGCGCUCCUGCGGCAGGAAACUUUGUACAGGUCCAAAAUAGCAUGGCGCCCCUAAAUGCUGUGCAACAAACUCCUGAAGGUUUUGUGCAUCCCAUCCAGCACAUCCACCACUGUCCCUGCUUACAAGGAAGAGUAAAACGACCUGUAAUGCAGAAUUCUUUACCGAGAAAUUUUUUUCUCCAUUCAGUGCAACACAUUCAGUCCCAAGAAAAAAUCAGCAGUGCCAAUGCACACAGCCUUCAGAGCAUUGAAGAGAACAUGAGCACUCUUCCAAAGACAGUAGACUCCUCACCGUUUAUCUGCAGAAGCACAGGCUCUAUAAUAAAGUCAUGUUGUGAUCCCGAGAAUACUGUGUUACCAAACCAAAGGGAACUCUGUAAAAAUAGAGACGCUUGUGACCCACUAGGGAAUUCUGAGGUCGGUGGAAAUGAAAGCAAGGGCAUUUGCUCAGUGAAUCAGACCGACAAACCAGAGAGUAAGGGGGACCUGAGUUCACCACAGACUGGUCUAAUUGUGAGCUCAGAACAUUUAAACCAAAAUGAACCAAAACUUAUAUUUAACAGUUUAAGGAGAGAGAGUGGUUAUGUAUCUCACCCUAGCAAUUCCCAGUGUUGUGGCAGAGUUGUCAAGGUAAAGUGCCAUUCUGUGGACUAUCAGAUGCCAAACAUUGAAGCCAAUGUGCCUGCUGUAUUAACACACUCGGAACUUUCCAGUGAAAGUUUAAUAAAAACACUAUAAUAAAUAUUAA